AGACCGAUGUGGCUGCUGGGAAUAAAUCCCACCCUCAUUUUGCCAUGCAGCCCAGCAACAACCUCAGCACAGAGCCUGAGGGGUCGGACUCUGGAGGUCUGAGCCGGGCAGGUCACACGGCGGCGGCCGUCGUUCUGGGGUUCAUCUUGGUCCUGGGCUUCCUCGGGAACUUCCUGGCGCUCCUGGUGUUUUCGCGCUUCCCCUCUCUGCGAACUCCACCCAGCCUGCUUCUCAUCAACAUCAGCUGCAGCGACAUGCUGGUCUGCCUGUUCGGCACGCCGCUCAGCUUCGCCGCCAGUCUGCGCGGCCGAUGGCUGACCGGAAGCUACGGGUGCCGCUGGUACGGCUUCUGCAACGCGCUGUUCGGUGUUGUGUCUCUGGUGUCUCUCUCGUUGUUGUCCUUUGAACGGUAUGCUGUUCUGCUUCGUGGGACCCAGCUGAACCCCUCUCAGUACCGCAGGGCCAGACUCGCUGUAGCCCUAUCCUGGUUCUACUCACUGAUCUGGACUCUGCCGCCGCUGCUGGGCUGGAGCAGCUAUGGUCCAGAGGGUCCUGGCACCGUCUGCUCAGUCCAGUGGCAGCAGCGCUCGGCCACUGCUCGCUCCUACAUCAGCUGUUUGUUCAUCUUCUGCCUCCUCCUGCCGCUGCUGCUCAUGUUCUUCUGCUAUGGCCGGCUCCUGCUGGCCGUCCGAAGUGUGGCGAGACAGGUGGGCAGGAUCAACCGAUCCUCGUCUGAUCGUAACGAAGGCCGCGUCCUCCUGAUGGCGGUCAUCAUGGUGACGGGGUACCUGUUGUGCUGGAUGCCUUACGGCRUUGUGGCGUUGGUUGCCUCUUUUGGGCGGCCGGGAUCGGUGACACCCRUUGCCAGUUUGAUCCCCUCUUUGCUGGCGAAGACCAGCACCGUCAUCAACCCUGUCGUUUACAUGCUGCUCAACACCAAGUUCUCCAGGUGUUUCCUCUACAUGAUCAGGUGCAGCUCAGAAGCUCCGGCUUCUCCAGUCCAUUUACCAGGCAGCAGCAGGGGGGUCUGGCCUCCCCAGCUGCCCACUGAGGACAUCCAAUCCAGAGACAAGCAGCAGCCUGUCCAGGUGCUUGGAGUUCACUGUGAAACCUGAAUAUUUUACUUUGUCUUUUGUGUGAAUUAAAAGUAUAGUUGUCAACACA